UGCCUUUGUGCAAGUUUAAUGCACCUAGCACGUAAAGCAGUACACUUACGGUCGCUUACUUUACAACACUAUAUGGCCAGCGCUCUCUUAACUUUUAAAGCUUGCAAUAGAGUUAACUUAAAUUUGAAGGCUGUUGACCGUUUGCACUAUACUGUGAGCUUCUUUGCUCAAAAAAAAACGAAAAUUAGUUGUAAAAAAAACGAUGAGAGCCAUAGAGAAAGUUGCAGUCUUAUUAAAGCUUUAAUAAUAUUUAAACGUUAUAACCAUGCAAAUAAACUUCACUUUCGAAAAGUGCAGUCACUGCCGAAAUCUUUUUAUUACAGUUCUAAAGAGCAGUGCAAAACUAAUUUAUGUAAUGUCUACGAGCGAAAAACGAUAGAUUUACUGAAAGUGUAUGCCCAAUUGUCGAAGCCAGAGCUUAGUGCUCUUGUUACGCUAACAGCUUUAGUUGGUUACGCAAUGGCGCCGGGAGAGCACUCUCUUCCGAACAUGUUUUAUUCGGCGGUCGGGACUGCUAUGUGCAUCUCUUCGGCGAACGUCUUAAAUCAAUGGAUGGAAGUCCCUUUUGAUGCUCAAAUGUCUCGAACGAAAAACAGACCAUUGGUCCGCUGCGCCCUAACCCCUUUCCAUGCUUUUAACUACGGCGUAACUCUGGGCGCCUUUGGGACAGGAAUUCUUUGCGUCAAACUUAAUAGCCUCGUAGCGGCUCUGGGCUUCGGAAACAUAAUUCUUUACUCCUUCUUUUAUACAGCCUCUAAAAGACUGCACGUCGUAAACACAUGGAUAGGCGCGGUGGUUGGCGCAAUCCCUCCCAUGAUGGGCUGGGCCGCUUGCACGGGAAACCUCGAGGAUGGAGCUUGGCUACUUGGUACGUUACUCUAUGUCUGGCAGUUUCCCCACUUUAAUUCACUCAGCUGGAACCUCCGGAAAGAUUACGGUAGAGCUGGGUACCAGAUGAUGUCGGUAAUUGAUCCGGCCCUUUCGAAGCGGGUAGCCAUCCGGCACACUCUGAUGCUCUUUCCGGUGUGCGGGUUGUGCGUUUACUGCGGUCUCACCGAGUGGAAGUUCUUAAUAACAUCAUUCGCAAUAAAUACAGUUUUGUUAUACCAUAGUUGGAGCUUCUUCCAAUGUGCAACUAAGAAAACGGGGAGAAGGCUGUUCUUUGUUUCCAUCAUACACCUUCCAGCUCUUCUCUGCUUGCUUAUGCUGCACAAAAAGAAAAGGAAACCGCUCUCCUUAAUUCCCACGACAUGCGAACACGAAAUUUCUUGAGAAGUUUGCGGGCCUGAGCACGGUUGCAGAGAGGCGAUGGAGCGCAAGGAGAAGACACAAUAAACGUGGAGUUGCAGAGGUUUUUAUUAUCGGAUGAAGUUUACUCAUCCCACAAGUUUGGUGAUCUUUCCAAUGGCAACUGUUCUUUCUGUUGUAAAAUAAGCUGGAGAUUAGAAUUAAAAGAUAGGGCAGAGC